AUGUAACAAGCAAGGGUCAACAACAUUCAUUUAAAUCUCUUCAUUUAGUUAAUGGGGGAAAAAAAAGAAAAAAAAAAAAAAAAAGAAAAAUAAAAAGAAGAGAUUAGAUCAUUCAUCAAUUCAUCGACAAGAUUUAUCCUAGCAACUCGCUUGAAUGUAUAAAAGAAAAAAAAACAAAUUUAUAUCUCGCUUGCUAUUAUCUGUGUGUGUCUGUCCACGUAGUUUGUUCGAUGUACACGUAUGUAUGUAUGUACAUUUUUAUACGUACGAGCGUAUAAGAAUUGAAACUUUCGAUCGAACAUGACACAUUCUUUUUCAUAUCGAUUUUAAAUGAUCGUUUAAUUGACUUUUAAUAAACGAUCAAACGGAAUAUAAUACGUACAUACAUUCGUUCGUUCGUUCGUUCGUUCGUAGAAAUGCAGUCGAUAUGUUCUUUAAUAUGACCAAGACGAAUCGAAAUCUUAUCCUUGACUAUUAUUCCCCUUAAUAUUUCAAAUAUUUGUAACGAUCUAAGCGAUACUAAAGUCAUGUUAUUUUUCCCACGACAUGUCAAUAAUAAAUCACUACGUUGUUUCGUUAUGCGUUAUGUUCCUCUUGGUUGUAAUAAAAGUCUCGAGAAUGAGCAAUAAAAUAUUCUUCGUACUAUUCGAUCACGGAGAGUAAAUAAAUUGAUUUUCAUUAAUUAAUCGUAUGAUCGAAUGAAAUUUAAGAACGAUAUUUAUUUAUCUUUGAAGAAAAAUCUUGAGGAAAGUCGAUAAAAAAAUUCAUGUAAAGUGAUCACAGCCAUGAACUUGAUCAUAUAGAAUCUCCGUAAAACCUUCGAAUAGUAUGAGGGUAAAAAAUAAAAAAAAAAAAAGAAAUGCUUCAUUUCGAAGUAGUAGAAAGUAGUCGUAGGUAAAAAAAAAGACGCGAGGGACGCCGAUAGCGGGCGGAGCUUCGUCACAUUUCUUGCCUUUACAGAGACAAGAGAGAGAGAGAGAGAGAGAGAGAGAGAGAAAGAGAAAGAGAGAGAGAGAGAGAGAGAGAGAGAGAAAGAGAGAGAGAGAGAGAGAGAGAGAUAAACAGACACAGAGUGAGAGAGAGAGAGAGAGAGAGAGAGAGAAAGCAGGAACAGGACAAGGAAAAAUAUCAUAGAAGGAUGACGAAAAUAGUGUUCCUUCGAUAAUAAGAAAUAAAAGAAAAGGAUAUUGGCUAAAUAUUUCUCUGAUCGAUAUAGAGAGAAAAAAAAAAAAAAAAAAAAAAAAAAAAAAAAAAAAAAGAAACAGAAAAAAGGACUGACUGCAAAAGAAAGAACUGGAAAAGGUUUAUCAAAGGUGGAUGCCGAAGGAUGUACGCUGCAGCGGGUGGUGCAAGUAUUGCAAGUCGGAGGAAGCAAAAGCGUUUGCAGUUAUAUAAACGUGGGGCCGAAGGUGGCCCAGGAACGGCAAGAAGGAUCAAGACAACUCUGACGAAUCAAACGGUGACAAGGACAACAACUACGACGACAACGAACAAGUUCGCUCAUCAGCAUCAGCAUCAGCACCACCACCACCACCACCACCACCACCAUCAUCAUCAACACCAACACCAACACCACCACCACCACCACCAACACGUUGUCCAAUCACCCUUCGCGGCACAAGCACCACAAUCAUCCCAAUUCCAUACGGGCAUCGAUCGACAGCAGCGUUCUCGCGUCGAGAAGUGCCAACAACUAGCACCUGUCUCGCCCAUUCAAUUCCCCAUAUCGCCGCCACCGCUCUCACUGGAAUCAUCGGGUUCGGUCACCUGCGCCACUAACAAGCCUAACAGCUUCCCUUUUCCGCCACCCUCGAUCCUCGAUCUAAGAAUCUCGCCUACUUCCACGCCGGAGCUACAGUGUCAGGGAGCUGGAAAGGUAGCAUGGCAGGGAUGCAACAGAUCAUCCCCUCUUCCUUUAUUCCCUAAUUUACCACACGGGUGUCGCGGCGGCGAUGGAUACAAAACGAAACAAUGCGAGGCUCAUCGAAGAUGGAUGAAGAGGAACAGGAUACGAGAUGCCAGUUAUUGUUAUGGCAGUAGCGGAGAGGACGACGACGACGACAUAAGCGGUAGCGUCAAUCGUCGUAGAGCCGAAGUGAAUGCAGCUGUGAACACCGUACUUUACGCCGGGCUUGGUGCCACGGCUCUUGGCCUAGUGAUUUCGUUCGUUGGGACCGGUGAGAAAGGAUUUCUCAGUCCCGAGCUGAAAUUAAUCGGACCAUCGUUACUAUGCGCUGGCCUACUUUGCUGCCUAUUUCGUGUACUGCUUUGUCUAUGCCUGUGCCGCUGCGGCGAAUGCCGUUGGUGCCUUUGUAAGCAGUCCCGAAACAAGAAAGAAAAGGAAAAACAGAAGACGGAAACGCGUCCAUCUGGUCCAAUGCAGACAGCCUCGCUUCUUUCCCCAGUGCCACAGCAACCAGCCACACACUCGUCUUGCCAAGUGUCAUCGUCGGCGAAGGGACAUGAACUCUUACUCUCUCCUGCCCAAUUACCUGAAUGAAAAUAUGAUUUCAAACGUUUUCUACCGAAUUCUACACGCCGAUCUACUGCCGAUUCUGUCCAAGGAAGAGAAAAGAAGAAGAUACGAAAAGAGGAAGGAAGGGAGGAAGGAAAGAAGAAGAGGACAAAAUAAAAAAAGAAAGAUAAAGUAGCAUAUCUCGACAUUAUUCGGCUUGAAACAAGUCUCAAGAUAUCAUACAGGAUAAUUUUAGUUUAAUGAAAGUUAGUGCUCACAGUGAGGAUAAUAAAAGAUCGGCCACAUUUUUUCUACCCCUCCGGUGUUUGAUGAAGUAAAGGAACGUUUGUUGAUAAAUAUCUUAAUUUAUUUCCUUCCAUCGUAUUUCUUUAUAAAGAACAUUUAAAAUA